AUGUCCUCGGCCGUGGGGCCCCGGGGUCCCCGCCCGCCCACCGUGCCUCCCCCGAUGCCCGAGCUGCCCGACCUGAGCCACCUGACCGAGGAGGAGAGGAACAUCAUCCUGGCGGUGAUGGACCGGCAGAAAGAGGAAGAGGAGAAGGAAGAAGCCAUGCUCAAGUGUGUGGUCAGGGACAUGGUGAAGCCUGCUGCCUGCAAAGCCCCAAGAAAUGUUGAGCACCAGCCCCACCCGCCUCCACCGAGAUUGCAUCAACAAUUUGAAAGCUAUAAAGAACAAGUGAGGAAAAUAGGGGAGGAAGCGCGGCGCUAUCAGGGAGAACACAAGGACGAUGCUCCGACCUGCGGGAUUUGCCACAAGACCAAAUUCGCGGACGGCUGUGGCCACCUGUGCUCCUACUGCCGCACCAAGUUCUGCGCGCGCUGCGGGGGCCGCGUGUCUCUGCGGUCCAACAACGAGGACAAAGUGGUUAGAAUCCAUGAUUUCUUUUCUAUCACUUGUUAUUACAAUGUCAUGAAUUUUAUUAAGAGAAUGUUUCACUUUCAAAAAGAAGUUAAGUGCUAGGAAGAGCUCAUUCCCAGUUCUCAUGGAAAAAUAAAAUGAAUAUCUAGGAGCAUUACAGUUUUAUAUUAAUAGGCAAAGACUGGAUAAUAGUCAUGGAAAUAGUGAUAUUUUAAUAUAAUUAAAUCAUUAUGAAACUCAUUUGUUCUCUUAGCUCCCUGAGUUCUGAGGAUAAUCUGUUUGCCUUUAGGAACAAUAAUGAGCUCUACCUUUCUCAAAACUCUUUAGAUGCAUAGACAGAUGAUUUGAAACUUUCUGGUAGAAGAAAUGGAAUACAUUAAUUUAGUAGACAGGAAGGAUCAAAUUAAGAUCAAGAACUCAGAAUAAAAUGAUAUUUCUCUAGAACACAAGUAGUAGAGUUGUCAUAUUGAACCGCAGUUUUGCUCUUUUCUUUUCCCUCAUUCAUUGAAACCACUCUCUCAGGGAGUAAAAGGUCACCUUUAAUUUUUAUCAACCUUGGAAACCACAGAGGCUAUACUCAGUAAGAUAGGAGAUAAGUGAAAUCUUCAAUCAGCCUGUCCUUUGUAUAUAUACAUACUUUGUAUACACACUUCCAUUUGGUAUAAAUUACAAUUCCCCCAAAGUCAUUAAUUACCAGUAUGAGACUGAGGCAAUGAGCAUUUCAGGUUCAAUAUAUCAACUCAGCUGACUCUGUUCAACUGUUUUAAAUUUUACAUUACAUACUAUAGUACAUAGGUAGUCAGUGUGACAUUAAGUUGGACAUUAAUUUGUGUUUUUAAGUUUGUUGCUAGUGUAUGUUAUCAGUAUAUUUUUCUAUGAAAAAGAAAUUAGAUUGAAAAUUAUGUGGUUUAAUUAUUUUCACUGUGUUUCCUUGUAACAUGGGUGGUAUGUGAGAUCAUUUUAGGGGUUGUUAUUUUAAUGCAAUACAGGUUUCCCAUGCUAUCUGAAAGUCGAGUGUUUCUAUGAAAAUUUUUGCAAGUCCAAAUGGCAUAUAAAAGGAAGAACCAAUUACCUCUGGACACAUCUUGCUAACAGAUGCACAAAAUAAAUCAGAUAAAGCACAGAUGCCCAGAGACAAGGUCAGAGUAUGGUGACCAGACGCUGAGAUGCUGGUGGGUCUGGAAAAGGAGCUUGGUGAUCCUACUAUCUCUGCUCUGACUGAGCACUGCCUCUAUAACAGCUCACUCUAAAACAAACACAGAAUGAUGUUUUCACAUCUCACCUUUUUUUUGCACAAGUGAAAAUCCUUUUUGGAUUUCCUUCAUUUAGUCAAAACAGGUGCAAGUACAGGUCUUUCAUGAAAGUAAAGUGGAAAGAAGUGAACUUUUGAAAAGUGGAGGACAUCAGUAGUGUAUCACAUUAGAAAAAAUGUGAUCAUAAUAUCACAGUUUUGGUUGCAUGAAUAUUAUUACUUUGGAUGAGUCUGAAUUUGAAGUGUAGAUAAUUUUUAAAUCCUUUAAAGAAUAAAAGUUAAGUACAUAAAUAAUGCUGGUGUCAUGCAGAACUGGUGAUAAAAUUUUAGCCGCUCCAGUAGAGCUGGCCAGGUUGAUUGUCCUAUAUGUGCUUGUUAUGAUUACUGACUCUGUAACAAGAAUUCAGGUGGAUUUUGUGGUUCUCAGGCUAAUAACAGAAUUAAAAGACCUAUAAAAUACAAUAGCUUUCAAUUAUUUUAUUCACUUUGAUUAGAGUGUACAUAUCUAAAUCCUACCAUUUAUGUUUAAGUACUUGGUCAUAAUUUCAUUAAACUCCUUCAUAACCAAUUGAGAUUGUUCAAUGAAUUGCUUUCUAGUCCAAGGAAACUGAAACCAGAUUUUGUCUUUGUGUUAAGUAGUUGAGUAUUAAGCAAAGUGCUUGCUAUUUCUUUCUCUAUUCCUCUGGCAUCUUUUAUUUUUAAUGGAGAAAUUAUAAUUUGCAAAUGUGUGUGUAGCAGGAGGAGGAGACUGUUGGUAUGAGAGGAAAACAAAGAGUAAUAGGAUGAAUAAAACCUUUCUAAAAUCAAUCUCCAUCUUGAUAAAUGCAAUGAUAAUGAAGUCUGCAUAGGUUGUUAAAUUGAUGAAUAAUGUGAUUAAAAUACUACUAUAUAUGAUAUGAAGACCUAAGAUUAGCUAAGAUAUAAAUAUUUCUUUAUUGAGUCCAGUGAAAAAUAUUCAUGAUCCUAUUUUUUUUUACAGCCCAGCAAUGUUUUAUUUUAAAAUUUUACUGUUAGUCUAAAUCAGCUCCAGUAAUUUGGGAGAUUGUAUACUUGCUUAAAAAGAAAAUGGCUUGUCAUAUAUAGUCACUUUGUAAUUGACCCAUAAUAGUUUAUAAUGAGAUUAUUUUAUAUUAUUUUUAUUAUUUUUAUAAUAUUUAUUUAUAUUAUUUUAAAGUGCACACUUUCAGAGAUAAAAUGGCAGUU